UACUGUCUGAGCGAGUAUUUGCUUUACGUCAAGUGUGAGUUUUACGGCCGUACUAUUGUGAUCGUCAAAUACUAAUAAUAGCCAGCAAUAUCGUUUUCAAAAAUAUGAACAAUCGCGUUCGCUUGCCGAAUUAUCAAUGAAGUAAUCAACUGCUAGAAAUAAUCGUGGAAUCUCUUACACCUCUAUACCGGGAGCAACGAUGACUGGCUUGAGUGAUUCUUUGAAAAACGAAGGCUGGUACCUCAGUGAUGAAGGCAUUACAGAACUAAAAGGGUCUGCUGAGAAGCUUACACACAAUGACAUUAUUCGCAUUGCACUUGAUAGUGAUCUGAAACUUAUCGGUAGAAAGUUCCUCCCCUCUGACAUCAAUGGUGGAAAGAUUGAGAAAGUGGAUGGUCCAUGUGUUCUGCAGCUGCAGAAAAUGAGGAACGUCUCGGCACCCAAAGACAACGAGGAAUGCAAGGCUGCCCCUAGGAUGCUGCGUCUGCAGAUGACAGACGGACAUGUCAACUGUGUUGGGUUGGAGUUUCGGCAUCUGUCAAAAAUCAGUCUUGAUACCCCCCCAGGGACAAAAGUAAAACUGCUUGGUACAAUCCUGGUUAAAAAUGGUUUUUUGCUGCUGGAUGACACAAAAAUAUCUGUUCUUGGAGGAGAAGUUGAUCACAUGGUGGAGAAAUGGGAACUGCAGCGGAGACUGGCCAAACACAACAGAAAUAACAUCGGAGCUGAAGGUGGGCCUCCUCCUUUUGUGCCGUUCGGUCAGAGGUGUGCGCAAAAUGAAGUAAAUAGCUGUGAACUGGACAAACGAAAAACCCUGCAAGCUGUGAAUGUGGUCAAGACUGCGGAUGAAAACGAUGAGUUUGAGAAACAACGGACUGCUGCUAUUGCAGAGGUGGCCAAGAGUAAAGAUGGGCCACGCACGUUCGGAGGAGGUGGAAACGCAGGAAAGAAUUUAUCCGGUGGUGUCUCUUCCUCUCACGGACGAGGCUCAUACCACAACAGGAGGCGAGAAGACAGAGUUGAGAGGAGUGAUCCAAAACAAGAUGGAAAUUACCGUGAACUGGUGGAUGAACGAGCUCUGAGGGACAUCAUGGAGAUGGGCUUUAACAAGGAGGCUGCUCGUCAAGCGUUGAUGGCAAAUAACAACGACCUUGAGGCUGCGUUGAACAGCCUCCUGGUGGGAUCUUUCGGAGGCAACUCUGGCCCUUCGGUUGCUGAGUCCACGCGGCCACCUCCAAGAGGGAGAGGUAAAGGACGGGGCAGGUCCAGACGAAAUGAUGAGGAGGAAGAGGGAGGAGCAGGAGGAAGGCCAUCUGGACCAAGCACCCUAUUUGAUUUUCUGGAGUCCAAAAUGGGCUCUUUCUCUAUUGACGAACCAAAGAUUCCUUCUGGAAAUGAUGAGAGAAAACCCAAUUUCAACUCAAAUUAUUUCUCCAAAGAUACGCUUCAGUCCAAAUUCUCCAGCCAACCUGAUCAUAGGCAGCAAAAGAAUGACCGUCCACCUCGCUUUAGUAGGGACUCUGACUUUCCAAGGCCAGGCCAGGAGGGUCCUUCUAACUUCCACGGUUCAACACAAGCCCAGCAGUGGAGGAGCCAAGAGAGAUGGUCGUGUGGACCGUCUGACAGACUGCACAAUGAAAGAAGGGAGAUGCGAGAAGAGCAGACUUUUCCCUCAUCGUUACCAUCCACUUUGAGAAAUUUCAAAGAACCUGAGCCUUCGUUGGAGCUCAGUGGAUCUUUCUACCAGCGUCCGCGGAAUGAAGAUCGAGGUGGGGGACCCACUGCAGGAUCGUUUAAUAGGAGAGGGCAGAGGGACAAUGCUCCCAGUCAUCCAUCAAAAACUCCCCGUGGCUCUGGAAAUAACCUGGACAGUAAAGGACCAAGACAUAUUGACAAUACACCUGAAGAUCCAAGCUCCAACAGGAAAAGAGGAAAGAAUCAUCAAAUUGAUCAAAUUGACAGCCAAAGGGAAAGUGGUCCUUCCAGGUUUAGCUCACGGGGAGAACAUUUUGGCCGCUCCAAUCUCUCAGAAACAACACAAGGCUCUCAGUUGUCAACAGGUAACCCAUGUUUCCUCAAUGGAGAUGUAGAACCAAAGAGAACUGGACCUAUCAAGCCAGCAUUAUCUGCUCCACCCAGUAGAGAGCAAUCGUUUAGGAAGAACACUCCCAAUAAUCCAGGACCAAAGAAAAGGUCUGGACAAGGCAAAGGUCAAGGUUCAAGAGGACCAGAAAAAAGUCAAGUUAUGGAUCAGACUUGGAAACCUGGUGACCAGUGCCUGGCUUUAUACUGGGAAGACAGCAAGUUCUACCCUGCCAGAAUAGAUGCUGUGCAUCCGUCAGGCUCUACAGCUGUGGUCGUGUUCAGUGACUAUGGGAACUGUGAAGAAGUGUUGUUGCAUAAUAUCAAACCAGUUUCUGCCGGCGUCAUGUAACAUCACAACCAUAUCAAAUGUAAACUGGCAGGAGGAAGAUGACGGGUACUAUGACAGUUCGCUAGAGUUCCGCCGCGGAGGAGACGGACAGCCACGACGAACAAGACCCACUCAGCAGUAUUACCAGCCACCCAGGGCACGAGAUUGACAUCCUCCCUGAGACCGCUGUGGUAAUAUUAUUGUGUUUUUCCCUACAAAGUAAAAUCUCAUUGGUAACUGCCAGUGUGAAAAAAAAAAAAUAUACAUAGGACAUAUGCCCUGAACAAGCCUGACGGGGAACUAAAAUAUUUCAAGAAUCACAUUUUUACUGUGAUUAGAAUAUUAAACACUAAUUUGGCUGCUACACAAACAUGCAUUGAUGCAAAUUUUACUUUUGCAUUGUAAACUGUACUAGACAGCCGCUUGUUGGGUCUUGACAACUGAUUCAUGUUUUUAUUGUGGAAAUACAUUUUCUUACAAUGAAUUUACUUUUUCUCUGUGAUGAAUAAAACGGCUCUUUCACAUGUCUGCUACCGUUUUGUUUAAUAAAAUGAAACUGCGGCGUGUUACACCUUGAAUCUCAAACCUCUUCUGCGUACUUCCACUCAAGGCAGACUGUUUUUCACGAUGCUUUUUGAAACACGCACGAACAAAGAAGGCCCUGUGAUGAGCUUUGAAUGACAUAAACAGAGCUCCACGAGGGGAUUUGUUUUGUGCAUUUUUCAUCAUAGCAAAGUGAUCAUGUUUACACAGGGAGACGCCAUGUGGCUGCUUAUACUUGUAGAUUAAUGUACCAACCCAAUUCCGACAUACAUCGUGAUGUUAAGAACUGCUGCCAGCAUCAGUCCAUGAAGACGCUCACUGCCCUUCACCGCUGCACAUAAAAGGCUUAGCGGCUAAUCCUUGAUGCUGUCUUAUUCCUGACCUGACCAGCUGACCACAUCCGUUGUUCAUUGUCUACCUGGCAAGCUGCGCUUACUGCAGGAAAUCCCGGUGGGUAUGUGCAGGACAAAGCUGCUUGUCACAGAGACGGACACUACCACUUUAGACACUUUUA